CUCGAAACAACUGAGAGAAGGUUGAAGAAGAAGAAAAAGAAGCCAUGGGUUUGGAGAUCAAGGCGUUGUACCUAUCCUAUGUGGUGCACGUGCUGGGGGUUGCCGGAGCGGUGAUGGUUCUGGUUUGGAACAUCUACUUCAGGGGGGGUUUAGCUUGGGAAUCGUCUAAUAAAAAUCUCAUAUUCAAUGUCCAUCCUGUUCUGAUGCUUAUUGGUUUGGUUAUCAUGGGUGGUGAAGCCAUUAUAAGCUAUAAAGCUCUUCCAUUCAAGAAGGCCGAGAAGAAACUUAUCCAUCUUGUUCUACAUGCUAUUGCCCUCAUACUCGGUAGCAUUGGAAUCUAUAUGGCAUUCAAAAACCACAAUGAAAGUGGUCUUGCAAACCUAUACAGUUUACAUUCCUGGCUUGGUAUUGGUGUUAUUGCUCUUUAUGGCAUUCAGUGGAUAUAUGGGUUUGUGGUGUUUUUCUACCCGGGUGGAAGUAGUGACAUUAGAAGAGAAUCGCUUCCAUGGCAUGUGCUGUUUGGAAUGUUUGUGUAUAUCUUAGCCGUUGCCAAUUCAGCACUCGGGUUUCUUGAAAAACUAACAUUCCUGGAGAGUUCAGGCAUCGAUAAGUAUGGCUCCGAAGCGUUUUUGGUCAACUUCACCGCCAUUGUUGCAGUACUUUACGGCACCUUCGUACUAUUGACUGCACUUUCGCGCGCCCCUGCUGAAGACGACAACAGCUAUUCGCCGAUAUAAAACGUGUUUAUGUGAAAUUAUUGUUGUAUCCACGGUUCUAUCUAAGAUUGAACAUAUAACGAGCAUAUGAGUGUGUCUCAUGAUAUGCAUUUCUGGUUUUAUGUAUCCUGUGUCUUGUAGAAACACAAACCACACAGCAUUGUGUAGUAUGAAAUACCGUAUUUGCCCUUCUAAA